CAGUCCAGGCUCUGUUCGUUCGUGUUGCUAGUUGUGUUUAUGAUUGAGAUUUAAUUUUAAUAAAUAAAUUGAAAAUGUCGGCGUCACCGAUCGCAAGACAGGCCACUCACAGCCAAGCAAUACCAUCAAGAAAAGUUUUAAUUACUGAUCCAUCGCAGAUGCCUGAUGUUUACUCGAGUACACCCGGAGGAACUAUUUACUCUACCACUCCUGGAGGUACCAGGAUAGUCUAUGAAAGAUCAUUCAUGAUGUCACUUCGACAAUCUCCGAUCUCACAAACUCCGCCCAAGUGCAAUUUGCCUGCAGCAUUACUCAGGAACCCUGGGUCCUCACCAAACACACCAAACACACCGGCUCAGAAACCACGUUCUAAUUCUAUAUCCUUUGACGAAUCGCAGGAGACAUUCAGUAUGGAUCUCUAAUAGCUUUAAUUAUUUAUUUCCUAAAAAUAGUUCAUGUAGUCUGCUAAGUGUAAGCAAU